AUGCAACAACAACAACAACCAUACAUGGAUGUGAGCCAAUCACACGCGCCGCCGUCUGGGCCUGCGUCCAGUAUGGGUCAGUACUCUGGAUAUGGUCAGCCGCAAGCACUCCAGCCAGCAUCGUACAGCCACGGUCCAGCCAGCUAUGGCAACUAUCAAUACGCGCACACCAUGGCGCCGAUGCAGAGCUCUCUUCCCGUGACGUCCUCAAUGGGCGGACAGAUGGUUCCACAAUCGUUGCCUUUACCAGCGAUGGCCUCCAACGGACCACCUCCACCGCAGGGCGGCGGUCAGCCCUACCAAAGCAUUGAUACUUCUGGGCAAGUCGCGCCGCAUGGGAUGAAGCCGCGGGUAACUGCGACCCUCUGGGAGGACGAGGGAAGUCUCUGCUUUCAGGUCGAAGCAAACGGGGUGUGUGUCGCGAGGCGCGAGGACAACCAUAUGAUCAACGGAACCAAGCUCUUGAAUGUCGCCGGUAUGACGCGUGGUCGUCGCGACGGCAUUCUCAAGAGUGAAAAGACCCGUCACGUGGUCAAGAUUGGACCCAUGCACCUCAAGGGUGUCUGGAUACCCUUCGACCGCGCGCUGGAAUUCGCGAACAAGGAGAAGAUCACCGAGCUCCUAUACCCUCUUUUCGUUCAUAAUAUCGGAGCUCUGCUCUACCACCCCACCAAUCAAGCAACCAACGCUCGCCAAAGCAUCGGCAACGCCGCAAUGGCUGCGCGCCGCCCUGAGCAAGGACAAGACUACAUGCGAACACCACAAGGUACUCAGCCACCUUCUACCCUCACCCACCACCACUCCAUGAGCAACCCAAUCGGUGCCAGCGUCCCUCAACCACCGCACUCGAUCGCACCUCAUCCGGCUUCCGGGAGGCCAGGUCUCGAUCGUGCGCACACCUUUCCUACUCCACCUACAAGCGCAUCUAGUCUGACCAUGGGCAUGGGACAUGCAGGAAGCUCGUACGAGUACAGCGGCGCUCAGGCCACCGCAAUGCAUCCAGGUCAGCCUCUUCCCAUUGACACUGGCUUAAAUGCGAGAUCUGUGCCAACAACCCCAGCUUCCACGCCGCCUGCCAACUCGCAUGGCCCGCAGUACCAGACAAGCCAGCCCUACGACUCGCGGCAGAUGUACUCCGCGCCUUCCACGUACGGCGGUUAUCCACCUCAGCAGCACAUGGCGCGGUACGGUGGAAUGCAUUCCAGUCCGGAGAACGGCAAGAUGGGUCCGCCCGCCCGUGCCGGAGCAGAGAAUGAGCACCCCGACAGCAAAGGUCACCCUGGAUACGUUGGCCAGCCAGAUGCAGAGGGCGAACACGAGGGUGAAUAUACCCACACCAGUGCGUCAUACGACGCAAGACGACCUUCCUACAGCUACAAGCCUAACUCUGCGCCAGGACCAAUCCACUCGGACCCGUCUCAUGUCUCGCCUGAGAUGACGCACUCGCCGCACCAAAACGGGUCUGGCAGGGCGACUCCAAGGACCGCUAAUCCGUAUGGCCCGUACAGCUCGACACCUCAGAGAGCUGCGCAGCUGCCUUCAAGCAACCUGUCAUACGGCAUGAGCAAUGACACCAGGGGUGGCGCACCCAAUGGCGCGGAACCAUACCCCCACCAAGGUGCUUACCAGGCGCCUCAAUACCCGUCCAUGAACGGCGCACCGACGUCUAACAAGCGCAUGCGCGAGAUUGAGGAUGAUGGGCAAGAACCCUACGGCCGCCCAAUGAGCUCCGGCGACAACGGGCUCAAGCGUCAGCGCACCGACCCGGGCUCUCGUCCGAUCGCGCAACCUCACUCCGUCAAAGCCGGCCCCAUGAGGCGAUGA